UCUGACAUGGAAUUUUUCUCAGGGGCGCGAGUUCUGAAACAUCCUGUAUCUAAAAUACAUUAAAACUAUUGGUUCAUUCAGAAUAGACCGAGUGCAAACCACAAUAAUACCAUAUAUAUACCAACGCAGCUACUACAGUUUUUGUAGUAUAGUAUAGUACUCGUAAGAAGCAUCAGUGAUACAAAGUUAUUAAUUUAUUAAAAUAGAUUAUCUCACCAAAAAUCAGUGUCAGAUUUUCUAGAGCCAGUUGCGAUUAGAAAACAGAUACAGACAGAUGGCUAAAUAAAUUUUAAAGAAUUUGUUAAAACCAUGACUGAGAAUCGAACAGAAAAUCUUUCGUUGAAGUUCACUGUCGACAAUUUUAACUCAACCACGAAACUCGCUGACAAUGAAUACAAAAUACCAGUUGAUAGUGUAGAAGAAAGAAAUAAUGAGAAAGUUUACAACCCAUAUGAACACCGAAAUGUUCAACAUCCCAACUCAUUUUCCGGAGCUUUGAUGCACAUAUGUAAGAGUUCUCUAGGAACAGGUAUUUUGGCGAUCCCGAGUGCUGUAGCAGCUGGUGGAAUUGUUGUUGGUGUUGUUGGAACUGUGCUCACUGGAAUUUUGUGUACUCACACGAUUCAUUUGCUGAUAUUUGCUUCUCAAGAAAUAUGCAAGAAAGCCAAAGUACCAAUGUUAGGUUUUGCCGAAACAGCUCAUGCUGUAUUCAAAUACGGACCCAAUCGUGUCAAGUCUUUUGCAUACAUCGCUAAAUAUUUUGUAGACAUUUGUCUCCUUUUGACUUACUGUUCAGGAAAUGCAGUUUACGUAGUAUUUAUUACUGGAAAUAUUCAAGAUGUUGUAAACUAUUAUCAAAACUCUGUCUCUGACUGGCCACUUCAGUAUUACAUGCUUAUGCUCUUGGUGCCUUUAAUAGUGUGUUGCCAAGUUAGACAAUUGAAACAUUUGGUACCAUUUUCCAUAAUUGCAAAUGUCACAAUGGUUACAGCUUUUUUAAUCACUCUCUAUUACAUGUUUUCGGGUAUUGGUGAUAUCGACAUUGAAGAUCGCAAAUUCUUCAAUGAUAUUACCUUGUUUCCACGUUUCUUCAGUACUGUGAUAUUUGCCAUGGAGGGAAUUGGCACAAUGUUACCAAUUGAAAAUACAAUGAUCAAACAACAAUUUAUUGGAUGUCCUGGUGUUUUAAACAUUGCAAUGAGUUUUGUCGUCACUUUAUACACUGUUAUUGGUCUCUUCGGCUAUCUUCGAUUUGGUGACGGGGUCGACCCGAACGUCAUCAAAAACCUACCAACCGAAGACAUUGCAGCACAAGUCGCCAAGUUGUGUGUAGCUACCGCUGUUUUUUUCACGUUUAUGUUACAAUUCUACGUUCCCUGUGAAAUAACAUGGAGAAUAGUGUCACCAAUAAUUCCGAAAAACUACCACAACAUUGCUCAAAUUAUUAUGAGAACAUUAUUAGUGUUAUUUAUAACUGCAAUAGGUGCAGCUGUUCCAAAACUGGACGCUAUUAUCGGACUAGUAGGAUCAAUAUGUUUGUCAACUCUUGGACUUUUUAUUCCAGUUGCUAUUGACACUAUUUUAAAUUUGGGCGAAAAUGGUGAUUUUGGAGUCAUGAAGUGGAGAUUAUGGAAAAAUAUUCUUAUCGCAAUCUUGUCGUGGUUUGCACUCUUUUCAGGUAGUUAUUAUGCUGUUAAAGACCUAAUAAAUGGUUAAAAGAACUAAAGCAAAUGUGAUCAAAGUUAUUUUGUAUUUUAUGUUAUUUACAUAUUGUACUAAAAAGCAACUAAUAGGUAAUUUAUUAUCACAACUUGUAUUUUUGUAUUUAAAGUAGGUACGUUAUGCGUACAUGAUGUGAUCUAAAUGUAUUUCUAAGAAUGUUGUCUAAAUAUUUACA